AUGUUCGCUACCCUGCGUCGACUGUACGCGACAAUCCCCGAGGCGGCCGCGACCGCACGAACAGCGUCGACACCGCGCGCCGUUCGCAUUCGCCGCGCUCAGCAAGGUAUCGACGCGGACGUUGCCAGCCAAGAACAUGACGCGACCCCCGAAGGCCUCACACCCUCUGAGUUCACGCGGUACCAGCGUGCCCUGGCCAAAGGCGAACUCCUCAGGGGAGACGGGAGCACAUUGACAGAGGCGGAGUGGCUGGAGAAGCUGGACGCCCGCCGAACUCGCAUACGCGGUGUGCGGCAGGUCAAGAAGGACGGUCAAACGGGCUCGGAGGUCGUCGGCCAGAAGGUCUUCCUCCCCAACAUCAUCUUCAAGAUGGUCCGCAAUCACACACCCGCAGGACAGCCGUACAACCCCUACGAGGCGACCUUCCGCGUGCCGCAGUCGGUGACCAAGACUGACGUCCGCUCCUACCUCCUUGCCGUGUACGGUGUCCAGACGACGUACAUCCGCACCGACAACUACGUGUCCCCGCUGCGCCGGGCGCCCGGUCGGACGGCGACCACUUUUGCGGACCGGACGUACAAGCGUGCCGUCGUCGGUCUCGUCGAGCCGUUCUACUAUCCCCAGGCAGAAGAGGACAUGCCGAAGGAGGAGCGCGACAAGCGACAGAAGUUCACGGCGGAGCGGCUGCUCGUCGGCCAGGGCGAGCGCAACAGGAAGCUCUACUUCUUGCGUGCGACGCGCGCCGUGGACGGUGGCAAGAAGGGCUGGAAGUGGAGGACGGGCACGACCGCGUCGAGAGGGAACAUCCUGCGUCUUAUUGCCGAGCGCCGGGCGGAGAGGGAGGAGGCCGUCGAAAACGUCAAGGCCCGCAUCCGGGAAGACAGGAGGCAGGCACCUACAGAGGCUGCAUAGACACCGCGGUCUUAUUCGGGCUAUCCCCCUCUACUACUGUAGGCUUUUGCUAAUAAGAUACAUUUCCGCCGGAUCUACGCGAGCCAUGCUGGCGUCCGAGAAGACCGAACGUCAACGUUUCAGCAAGCGUCCACAAACCGAAUCCUCUUCUUCUGAUUUGGACGGACGGCUUGCCCAUCUGUCAAACUCAUACCACGUUGAGGGUUGAGUAGUCGACAAAUUUGCCACUCAAAAUACACAGAUGA